GUGUCCAAAGUGGACAACUCUUUAAACCAUGCCGUCCAACAUUGAGAUCAAGGCACGAGUACAUGAUGUCACAAAACUACACAAACUGGCAGCAGAGCUGAGCCAAUCAGAGGGCACCAAAGUGGAGCAAGAAGACACCUUCUUUUGUGUUCCCAGGGGCAGGCUCAAGUUAAGGCAUCUUAAGGAUCGUCCCUCCGAGUUGAUCUCCUAUGACAGACCAGACCAGCAGGGACCUAAAGAGUCUGUGUUCUUCAUUUCAAAGGUUCACAACCCACAAGACAUCAAGGCCACUCUUGCCCAUGCACUGGGUAUACGAGGGGUAGUGAAGAAGCUGCGGACCCUAUAUCUAGUUGGACAAACCCGAAUACAUGUGGACAAUGUGGAGAAACUGGGACAUUACAUGGAGUUAGAGGUGAUGAUGCAGCCUGGCCAAUCAGCAGAGGAGGGAGAACAGAUAGCCAAUGACCUGAUGGAGAAAUUGGGCAUCAAAUCAUGUGACCUUAUUGAUACUGCUUAUAUAGAUAUGCUACAAGACAAGUAGAGCCAAGCAAUUAGUACACUUCUCAAAUACUUAUGGCAAAAAAACAAUAUUUACUUCAACAUAAAUGUGUAAGAUGUAGACAAAGGCUAGGUUAAAAGUAUUGUUAUAAGAUUAUGUUGAUUAAACAAUUAACAAGUGUAACAAGUGGUUUUACCAUAGAUUCAAUACUGAUACAUGUUACCAUGUUUCAAGCUAGUUUUCCGUGACUGGAUUCUUGUCCCACUGUGUACAAUUUUAAGAGUCAGUUUUUGCAAUCCAGAUACAAGUCUUCAGCAAAUAAAUGCAUAAUUUAUCUCUCAGGCAGAACGAAUAAGAAUGUAAGCCAUAUUUCUUGCAAUAAAAUUUUACCUUCGUCUAAUUGUCAGCUUUUCUAGUUAACGGAUCCGUAACAUGUACUUGCACUUUUCUUGAUGUUGCACGUAGUAUACCCGAGGCUCUGGUGGUAUAACCUGGUAUCCUGUCUAAUCGUGGUUGUGGCAUACCAAGGACUUGGGGCAGGCUGUCUUCGGGGCUCUAAUAGUUUUCCCCCCGCCCAGUACAACAGACCGUCCCGGUAGGAGUGUUAAGUUACGCUUAUAGAGUUA